CCCUUCUCCGCGGCGGCGGCGGGCGCGCGGGCGGGGAGCUGUGUGUCCCUGUCCCCCCCCAGCAGGCGGUGGGGGUGGUACGGGCGGUGGGUCAGUCGGUGUCAGGCGGCCGCGGACUCGGGCCGGGCCGGGGGAGCCGCGGAGGCCUGGCGGCUGAGCCCAGCCCUCACUAUGAACGCCAUCGUUGCCCUGUGCCAUUUCUGUGAGCUCCACGGCCCUCGCACGCUGUUCUGCACCGAGGUGCUGCACUCGCCGCUCCCGCAGGGCGCCGGCAGCGGGGACAUCUCCGGGCAGAACGAGCAGGGGGAGGAGGAGGAAGGUGGGAUUCAGAUGAGCAGCCGGAUCCGCUCGCACAGCCCGGCUGAAGGCGCCAGCGCCGACUCCAGCAGCCCAGGGCCAAAGAAGUCAGACAUGUGUGAGGGCUGCCGCUCUCUUGCAGGAGGACACCCGGGCUACGUCAGCCACGACAAGGAAACCUCCAUCAAGUACGUCAGCCACCAGCACCCAAACCACCCCCAGCUGUUCAGCAUCGUGCGCCAGGCCUGCGUCCGCAGCCUCAGCUGUGAGGUCUGCCCAGGGCGUGAAGGCCCUAUUUUUUUCGGAGAUGAGCAGCAUGGUUUUGUGUUCAGCCACACCUUCUUUAUCAAAGACAGCCUGGCCCGAGGUUUCCAGCGCUGGUACAGCAUCAUCACCAUCAUGAUGGACCGGAUUUACCUCAUCAACUCCUGGCCUUUCUUGUUGGGAAAAAUCAGAGGCAUCAUCGAUGAGCUCCAGGGCAAAGCACUGAAGGUGUUUGAAGCAGAGCAGUUUGGGUGUCCCCAGCGUGCCCAGCGCAUGAACACGGCCUUCACCCCGUUCCUGCACCAGCGCAACGGCAACGCCGCGCGCUCCCUGACCUCCCUGACCAACGACGAGAACCUCUGGGCCUGCCUGCACACCUCCUUUGCCUGGCUGCUGAAGGCUUGUGGUAGCCGGCUUACAGAGAAGCUUCUGGAGGGAGCCCCCACAGAAGACACCCUUGUUCAGAUGGAAAAACUUGCAGAUCUGAAAGAAGAGUCAGAAGGCUGGGACGGUUCUGAGGAAGAAGAGAAGCCUUCUUCUCAGCCAGAUGUUGUGGAAGGGCAGGAGCUGUCCAAAAGCUCCCCUGAAACCUCUCUGAUGCCAGACUGCAACAGCUGGAACGUGGCUCACAGAAGGUUGUCUGUCUUCCGCUCUCUCAGGCACAUGAGACAGGUUCUUGGGGCAUCAGCAUUCCGAAUGCUGGCUUGGCACGUUCUGAUGGGGAACCAGGUCAUCUGGAAAGCUCAGGAUAUGGACCUUGUCCAGUCUGCCUUUGAUGUCCUACGGACCAUGCUGCCCAUCGGGUGCGUGCGGAUCAUCCCCUACAGCGACCAGUACGAGGAGGCCUAUCGCUGCAACUUCCUGGGCCUGAGCCCACACGUCCAAAUCCCCCCACACAUCCUCUCCUCUGAGUUUGCAGUCCUGGUGGAAGUCCGUGCUGCCACCCGCUCCAGCCUCUACCCAACCCUGUUUGAGGAUGAGCAGUCCCUCAACAAGUACGAGUUCCUUGUCACCAGUGGGAGCCCCGUUGCAGCAGAUCGAGUUGGCCCAACAAUCUUGAACAAGAUUGAAGCUGCCCUGACCAACCAGAACCUCUCAGUGGACGUUGUGGAUCAGUGCCUUGUUUGCCUGAAGGAGGAGUGGAUGAAUAAAGUGAAAGUCCUCUUUAAGUUCACUAAAGUGGACAGCAGACCCAAGGAGGAUACCCAAAAACUGCUGAGCAUUCUGGGAGCUGCAGAAGAGGACAAUGUCAAACUUCUCAAGUUCUGGAUGACCGGCCUGAGCAAGACCUACAAGUCCCACCUGAUGUCAACGGUUCGCAGCCCGACGUCCUCGGAGUGCCGGAAUUAAAAGGUGCCCACCCCCCCCUGCUGCCUUCAGAGAGGGGCAGGGACCCCUGGUUACCUCUGCUGAGCCUGCAGCUUGUGCUUUAGGUGGAUAGUGAGGCUUCAUCACUAUUCUCCUGGUCCUCAAACCAACUUGAAGAGUGACUUGAGUCUUUUCUACUUGCUGUGAGACUGGACUAAUAAGUGCUAAUCCACAGUGCUGCUGUC